AUGAAUUCGUCUGUCCUAAACGCUGUCGUUUCCAGGAUUUCAAACGGGUAAAACAUGCGUCCGCCUUCACUUUCUCUGAGUUUCUGGCCGGGAAGAGUCAAGCGGUUCGAGGAAAACGACGUGAGGACAGACAAAGCGGAAACUAAACGUUUAUGGUAAUUAAAUUAAAUUUUUUAUUUAAUUUUGUAUAUAAUUGAAAUGAACAAGAAAGCCUUGGCCAUUUUGAUGCGAGCCAGAAUGAGACCCAACGAUCCAAGCAAGCUCGCCCUUUCUCCUCUAUCUAAUGAGGUUAAUCAGAUGCUAUCCAAUUCUCAAGGAAACCAAGCACCGCGUAAUACUGAAGAUGGAAAUGAAAAGCUCAAUAAACAAAGGUCGUUUGAGGUUGUACGAGAAUCAAUGCACUCAGCUAUAUCAAUGAAUAAAACAGAAGUUCUUGAUGCUGUACUUAAUGAUUUUUCGGAGGGCUAUUUUAGUCUUUCUUUCGAGAACCGCCGCAAAUUAUUGCUGACGCUUGCCAAAGAGUAUGAUCUAAAUAGGACUCAAGUCCGUGAACUCAUAAAACAAUAUCUAGGACUUCAGCUACCUGGUGGGAAUGAAGCUCAAUCGGGAGGGGUUGAAGAUGAAGGCUUUCUUUCAACUUUCUAUCGCAUAGAGAGAAAUUUGAGACAUUCUCUUAAGCCAGUGUAUGAAGUUCUCUUUGAGCGACUCAACACGCACCCUGGAGGGCUGAAGGUUUUGACCAUCCUUCGGGCUGAUAUAUUAUCUAUUCUUGCAGCAGAAAAUAUUUCCUCAUUGCGAGCAUUAGAUUCCUAUCUAAAGGAGAAGCUUAGUACUUGGCUUAGUCCUGCUGCUUUAGAGCUCCAUCAGAUUACAUGGGAUGAUCCUGCUUCUUUGCUGGAGAAAAUUGUGGCUUAUGAGGCAGUGCAUCCAAUCAGCAACCUUAUCGAUCUUAAGAGAAGGCUGGGAGUUGGUCGUCGUUGUUUUGGAUAUUUUCAUUCAGCCAUACCUGGUGAACCCCUUAUUUUUAUUGAAGUUGCACUUUUGAAGGCUGUAGCACAGACAAUACAGGAAGUUUUGUGGGAUCACCCUCCCAUUCUUGAAAGUGAGGCAACAUGUGCGUUAUUUUACUCCAUAUCAUCAACUCAGCCUGGCUUGGCAGGAAUCAACCUAGGAAAGUUUCUUAUUAAAAGGGUUAUUACAUUGGUGAGAAGAGAUAUGCCACAUAUUUCUGUGUUCGCUACGCUUAGUCCUAUCCCUGGAUUCAUGCAGUGGCUUCUGUCCAAGUUGGCAUCUCAAUCGAAACUUGCUGAAGCAGAGGAUAUAUCAUGUUCGUCAGCUGAUAGAUCUGGAUUAACUUUCUAUGAAAAUGUACUUGAACCAGAAGAAGAAAGAAGACUCAUAGAAUCAUCUGGGGAUUUUGCUGCUGGAAAAAACGGCAUGGAAAUAAUGUUGAACUUGCUGACACCUACAAGUCAUGAUUGGACUAAUUCCUCGAAAUUGCUUUCAGCAUUAAAACCAGCUUUAAUGCGGCUAUGUGCGAGGUACCUUCUGCAAGAGAAAAAGAGAGGAAAAGCUCUAGAUUCUGUUGCAAACUUCCAUCUGCAAAAUGGAGCGAUGGUUCAAAGAAUAAACUGGAUGGCUGACCGAUCAGAAAAAGGCCUACGCCAAAGUGCAGGAAUCAUGGUAAACUAUGUCUACAGGCCAGAGACUAUUGAAGAAUAUGCUCACUCAUACUUCAGCUUAGGCCAUAUCCAUUCUUCCUCUGAUGUGAGACGAUAUGUUCAGCCAUUGACGGAAAAUGAAUCAAGCACAAAUUAGGAUGAUCGCAGGAGAUUGCAAGUAGGUUUUACAGCCACCAACUUAUUAUAUACUUAUUUCUUAUGAUUGUCUAAGAUAUGUAGAAAGAUACUUGCUGUUGCUACCUGCGUAUUCGAGUUUACAAUUUUCUGUUCUUCAGAAAAUGUAGAUAUUACUCACACACUUUUAUCCUCUAUAAACAUUCGAACAUUUAAUUCA